GUGGAACAAUUUUGUAUGGACAACCCCAUUUAUAUAUCAACUAUAAAGGACCAAUCAAUGAGCGUGUGUCUGUUGUUUAUUUUCCAGGUGGCUAGCUGUAACCAUGCCAGUUUCAAGGACCUGUUAUGGCACCUUGUAUACAGUAGAAACUUUUUCUCGGAUCUUGACAAGGCCAGGGUCAUAUUCAAAUGGAUGACAACAAAAAAUCUUCACGCGAUACAAUUUGAUAAAUAUCCGGCGGGCUCUGCAGAGGAAUUGUUCAAAUCCUUACAGAACAAAGAGACUACCUACGCCAAAGUUUUCGCUGUGAUUUGUGGAUAUGCUGGGCUGUAUUGUGUAGUUCUCACUGGGUAUGCAAAGGGCAAGGAUUUUAAACCCGGUGAUUCGUUCAAAGGGGAAUCGAACCAUAGCUGGAACGCCGUGUACAUCGAUGACAACUGGCACUUGGUCGACUCAAAGUGGGCAGCCAUGGCUCGGAACAACAACAACAUCAGUGUGAAUGUUGAGGACGAUUUUUACUUUUUGACCGACCCCGAGCAUUUUAUCUACAGUCACUGGCCUCACCAAACAGAAUGGCAGUUUCUCCCCAGGAAAAUCUCACUGAGCGAGUUCGAAGAGCUUCCUUUUGUGAAACCUCAUUAUUUCAAAACCAGUAUUACCCUAGGCUGGACGGAAAAACCCGUGAUCCAUUCCCAUCAUGGCGUCGUCACGUGGACACUGAAAAAUGCAAAACCUUUGAAAUUUGGAUAUAAAAUAUUUCUAGCUAAUGAAGAUAAUAUCAAAUAUAAAGGUCCUGAGUUGAAAACAUGUAUGUAUCAAGAGAGUAAGGUCGAUGAAACGAAGUUUGUAUUCAGAGCUCCAAAAUCCGGGACAUUUAUAUGUAAGUUUUACGCUAAAAGCCUGGAACCGGAAGACGCAAACAAGCACCUGACGGAAAUAGUCGAAUACCGGAUGGAGGUAAAGGAACCAGCCCCGGAUGCAGCUCCCUUACCACAAUGCUCCCACACAAUCUGGGGACCAGGCGUUAAAUCUAGAAAGUUGGGAUUAGAAGCUGAUUUUAAGUCCGGCGUCAUAACAUCACUAGAGCCUACGGUUGACCUCAAGUUCCAGAAGACCCGCCCAUUGCACGUGAUAUGUAAAUUGAGGAGGAGAGAUGUUGAUGAUGUCAUAUUAAAUAGAUGUAUCAAAGUAACCAAUCUAGAUAAAAUCAAAGUCAGUUUAAAUCUACCUGAGCCCGGGGAAUAUGGUGUAGAUAUUAUGGUAAAUCAGCCAAAAAAGAAACGUUCAUUUUGUCACGCGUGCCAGUAUCUCGUUCUUUAUCUCGCGGACGACGAGAAGUCGCCGUUUGUGAACGAGAUUACAAGAGGACAAGGCGCAGACGACAUGGACAGUGAAGUGUUCGAACAGGAGGAGAAAGAGCAGAAAACCAUGUCAUGGAAUAUACCCACGAUUGAAGCAAUAGAAAUUCAAGAUCGCAAGGAGCCGCCAAAACCUCCGGAAAGUUUCGAGGUACUUCCGAAUGUAACCGAAGCACCAAAACCAGCCCCCGUUAGUAUGGCAGGCGUGGUUUCGUUUUAUGACUUCACAGACAGACGGGCGAUCGAAUCUUUAGACUCGCACGCGGAAGAGGUGGCGCAGUGUAACCAUGACAGUUUAAGAGACCUAAUGUGGGAUCUGAUUUUCUCUGUCCAUGUCACCAAUGACUUAGCAAAAGCAAGGUUGAUAUUCCGGUGGAUAACAAAGAAAGAAGUUGCAGAUAUUGAGUUUAAAAACGUUGAAAAAGACAGCCCCGAGGAAGUGCUGAUGUGGCUGAAAUUAGGGAGAUCCACUCCUGCUCAUGUCUUCUACACCAUGUGCUGUUUUGCCGGUCUCCAUUGCAAGCUGAUUUCCGGUUUAGCUAAGGGAGCUAACUACAAAAUAGGCCAACCCAUGACGCCUGAGGAAUACCAACAUUGGUGGAAUGCUGUGUAUAUUUACGGGAAGUGGUGUCUUGUUGACAGUUACCUAGCAACCAUUCCAAUUAUCAACAAGACUGGUACAGGGGAACUGAAAUAUAGUUUUAAUGAAAAUUACUUCCUAGUUGACCCAAAUAAACUCAUUUAUACCCAUUUUCCGGAAGAGCCGGCAUGGCAAUUGAUAAAUAAUACCGUCACCCUAGACGAGUUCAUUUUACAACCAAAAAUAACGCCGCAUUUCCUACAGUUCGGGUUACAGACUCUGUCUCACAAGGCCGGGGUAAUAUACACGACGGACGAAAUAGAAAUACAUUUAGGAUUCCCCUCAAAACGUACGGGGUUAAAAUUUGUGUUCAGUAUGAUAUACGAAACCGGUGCGGAUGAGUUCAAUGGUAUAAAAUUAAACCAGUUCGGAAUGGUAGAGUGUUUACCAAAUAUGGCAGUAAUUCGGGUAAGUCUUCCGAAGAAGGGGACAUACUCUCUGCAUAUAUUUGGUAAGGAAGACACGCCCACCGGAAAAGAUAUAUCUUUUUCUCAAGUUUGUGAAUACCAGCUUCAUCAAGAAAAAGAGCCACAAAAGGUCGUUUGUCCCUAUCCACCAUGUUCGUCCUUGAUGUGGGGACCAGGUCCCGGAUUUUAUCAGCUGGGGCUAACACCGGGAAACAGUCGUGCCAUCGUUCAUUCAAAAGGUGGAAAAGCGGAAGUGAGAAUUAAGAUGAUUAAAGCAAUACAGCUGCGUUCCCAGAUCAAACUGAGCGCAGUUUCAGUGUCUCAAGAUUUACCGCUUGUUGUGUACAAAAUAGUGGACAACAUGGCAUCGUUUACGGUUAUCACUACAGAGAAAGGCCGCUAUGGGCUAGAAAUAUACGCACGUGAUCCAGAUACACAGGACACUGAAGAUAUGAGAUUCCGCCAGGUGGCGCAGUAUUUAGUCGAGUGCAAUGACGUCACGCCUAAUAUAAAUCUUCCGAAGUUGCCACCCGGGUUUUUAGGACCUCAGCCGAAGUUUACAGAGUUUGGUCUCCGUACACUUAACGAGCACGACCCCCUAGUAGAACUCCGAGAUGACAACCAUAUUGAAAUCCAGCUAGCAACUACGCGUGAUAUGAAAUUUAAUGCUCAGCUAAUUCAGGCCAACACGGGCCAAGACGUGUCUGACUUUAUUUUUAUCCAAACCCAACCCUCCAUUGUCACAUUCCUUGUGAACAUUCCCUCUUCCGGUUUCUAUAAACUUCAGAUCCACGGAAACGUCGCCGAAGACCAGUCCCACACCUCUCUUGGUCUCUUUAAUUAUCUGAUAUAUUGUAAGGAAGUCAAAGAAACCGUUUACCCAUAUCCACGUCAGCUUGGCCACUGGAAAGAAGGCUGCUACAUGUUUGAACCGUUGAUUCUUCACGCGGAAAUGGGUCAACCGGAAGUGAAGUUCCGCACACAUGUUCCAAAGGCUAAGCAAGUGGUUAUUUUUGUAGAGCAAAAUGUAUGUCCCUUAGAAUCGCUUGGUCCAGUGCAAUGGGAAGGCAAUAUUAACCUGUCCAAGUAUUACGGCACUGAUACCAAGGUUAUACUGGCAGCAAAUUAUGGUGGCGACGAGGAAAGAUUCGCUACCCUUCUAGAAUAUAGAUUAUAGACCUCUAUAAAUAGAAAGCAGACGAUAAAUAAACCACGUUUGCUUGUUACAAGCUCAGAUAACCAUUUCUGUUGAAAACAUAAUAAUGAACGCGUACGAGCUCACAAAACGUGUAUCUGAUUGUCGGAUAAAAAUGACAUCUCUUGACAUUUUCAAUACUAGUAUGCAAUUUAGGAAGAAAACUUGAUUUUAUGGCAAAUUAGUUUCCUUUAUAGGACAAAUAUGAUUACGUGUUAUUAACUAAUUAUAAUUAAUAUUCAUUUUUACUUUUAUAUUAUAUUGAUGAUAGUAAGAAAACUUAGAAAUUGUCCGAAGUAUUGUAUCGGCUGCAUAUUAAGAAAAUUGCUGACAGUGCAAUACUUGAACACUAGAUUUUGAUAACUUUGUAAUAUGUAUAAUCAAGAAAAUGCUCGUAACCCAGAUACUCGUCAUUAAUCACAAUGCUUCUAAAAAUAAAAAAAAACUUGGCCUAUUUGUUUUCGAAUUUUAAACAGACUUUAUUGAUAUAUAAUUAUAUAGUCGUUAUUUUUUCCCAAAAGAAACCCUUGCUUAACCUAUAUACACGUAACAUUUUUUACCCAAACCUAAAACUUCUACAUUUCAGAAUUUUAAUUGAUAUACAUGUAAUUUGAUAUAAAUUAAAAUUUGUGUGUACACUGUUCAUGUACAUGUAUAGAGAAGAAUAAUGUGAACGUAUUUCCAAUAAUAUCGAUAUAUUCAAAUUAAAAAUUCAAAUAUUUGAAAAGAUAUAAAAUUGUCCAAUUCAAUUUUGAAAUAUUCGAAUAUGAAACCAUAAUAUUUGAAUAAGUUAUCGAACUACUCGAAUAUUCGAAUUACGUCUUGCAUGCAUGAACGCCAUGAUUUUAUCUUUGGCAUAGUUCUUAUUCAGUUCCAGAACAGGACUCACUUUUUCCUCAUAUUCGAUUUCUUAUUUGGUCAAUUACUGGUCAUAUAUAUAGCAAAGGUUAUUCUUUAUUUUGUUCUUAUUUGUUUGAAUUCAUGACUGUUAUAAUUUAGGAUCUUGUUUCAAGUACUAGUAAAUUUGAAAAUUGACAUGAUGAUAUAAUUGAGCCGCGUCAUGACAAAACCAACAUAGUGCGUUUGCGACCAGCUUGAAUCCAGACCAGUCUGCGCAUCCGCGCAGUCUGAUCAGGAUCCAUACUGUUCGCUAUCAGUUUCUCUACUUGUAAUAGAGUUGGUAAGCGAACAGCAUGGAUCCUGAUCAGACUGCCCGGAUGCGAAGCUGCUUUGGAUCCAUGCUGGUCGCAAACCCAUUAUGUUGGUUUUGGCAUGACGCGGCUCAAUUAUAAUACCUCAGUUAACAGCAGACGGCAUUAUCGAACUUAUAUUGAUGAAUUCAUUGUCAGCCUUUUUCUGAGGUUAUACAAAGACCCUGAAGAUAUUUUAUCAAAUUUGAUGAAGGGAAAAUGUGACUUCCGACUUUUCUUUUUUUAUAAUACAUUUUAUAUGUAUUGUAGAAUAUACCUGGAGAAAGUUUGCAUUAUAAGCCUUUCAAAGUUCCGAUUUAAAAUGUGUUCAGAAAUAUUCUUUUUUUGAUAAAUGUACAAAAAUGUAUAUAUGCAGUACAUUCACUUACAAGUGUACAUGACUAAGUGUACAUGUACAUGACUAAAUGAUCACUGAUCACUUUGCACUAGCUGUACGUUUACGAGCAGUGCUUUUUUUGGUCAAGUUUAAAGAUUAUUUUUUGAAAGAAUACAAGUUUUUACAAGUAAAUGAUGCCAUAUAAUUUUGUCUAGCAUUUUAAGAAAUCUUCCCAUGUAUUUCAUCUGUUGU